AUGCUUUAUAUAGUUAUCGCUACUGCAAUUGUCGUUAUUGGAUUCUGUAUUUACAAACGUAAAUCUAAUAAAGUCACAUUUCCUCUUGACUGCUUUUUAAAUGAGCAGUCUGCAGCUAUCGAUUAUGAAGGAAACACUCGCACAUCCGUUACUUAUACUACCAUUCCAGAAGUAUGUGCCAAUUUGUCUACUGUUUGUGAAGUGUUUCUAUCUGGGUUGAAUUUUUCAAGAAAUUCAGCUUGUUUGGGUUGGCGCGAAUACUGUGAGCAGGAUUACAAGUGGAUUACAUAUAAACAAGUGAAUGAUAAAAUCGGUGUUAUACGAUCCGCUCUACAUGCUUUAAAAACCAGAGGUUCGUAUGAAAACCUCUUUGUUGGUAUUUCAUCAAAAAAUUCACCACAGUGGAUAAUGGUCGAAUUGGCUUGUACAUUCUCUGGUUAUACUAUUGUACCAUUGUAUGAUACUUUAGGCGAGGAAGCUAUUUUAACUAUACUUAAACAAACUAAGCUGCCAAUAAUGUUUUGUGACUCAGUUGAAGUAGCACAACGUAUUACUACAUUCGCACCUGACACUUUACAACACAUUAUCUUAUUUCCUAACUCGUCUACAAAUGCAAAGUCGGCUUCUGUUUCAUCAGUUAACAGUUUGGUAAAAAUUUACGACUAUGAAGAAUUCCUAGAGUUCAGUACUGGAGAACUCAUUUGCACUGAAACUCCAAAACCCGAGAGUUUAUUUAUGGUUUGCUAUACAAGUGGAAGUACAGGCAUUCCCAAAGGGGUGAAAAUCACACAUCAAUGUGUUGUAAAGACCAUUCAAAGUUUAUUUCAACGACUUGAAGGAGAUAUCUUUAAUAAUACUGCUUCACAUCUAUCUUAUUUACCUUUGGCUCAUAUAAUGGAACAGAUGAUUUCUCUGUCUACUCUCUUGGUUGGCGCGAGAAUCGGUUUUCUAACCAAGAAUAUUCAAGGAUUACUAGCCGAUUUACAAGCUGUCAAACCACAUUUCUUUUUCACUGUUCCUCGCGUUUUAUCUCGAUUGUAUUCCGUUGCAAUGGAAAAGGUUUCAUCUGUUCCUUUACUACCUAGCAUAUUCCAUUAUGCAGUUGAAUCUAAAGUUGCAGAACAAGAAAAAAAUAUAUACGAUAAUUCAAGUAUUUGGGACUUUAUAUUCUUCAAUAAAAUUAGACGAAUUUUGGGUGGUCGUGUCAAAGUAAUAGUCUCUGGUAGUGCACCCGUUGCAAGUGAAAUUUACGUUUUACACGGGGAGUUUUUGGCUGUCCAGUAA